GGGGUCAGUCACCUACGCGGACCAUUUCUUCCGGAGUAGUGUUUCCCGGGGAAAUCACGCGUGGACGGACUCGUCUAAAUUCCCAGGCCUGUGAAUUUCACCAUGGCUGAGCAGCGUUUUCCGGUACCCCGGCUGCAGGGCGUCUCCCGGGAGCAGUUCAUGGAGCAUCUUUAUCCACAGAGAAAGCCUCUCGUGUUGGAAGGACUCGACUUAGGAUCUUGUACAAGCAAAUGGACAGUGGAUUACCUGAGUCAAGUUGGAGGGACGAAAGAAGUGAAAAUUCAUGUUGCUGCAGUUCCACAGAUGGACUUCAUUAAACUUUACCUUUUAACAAGUUGGUCCAGAGAGCAGCUGAAGAAACACAUAAAGAAUUCUUCAUUUCAGAGGACGAGAAAUACUACUUACGGUCACUUGGAGAAGAUCCGAGGAAGUAGGAAGAACUCCUUCACUGGGAAGGAUGUUGCAGACAUCAGACAGCAGUUCCCAUCAUUAGGAGGAGAUAUUACAUUUCCAAUGUUCUUCAGAGAGGAGCAGUUCUUUUCCAGUGUUUUUCGAAUUAGUUCACCUGGAUUACAGCUCUGGACUCACUAUGAUGUAAUGGAUAACUUUUUAAUACAAGUGACAGGAAAGAAGCGAAUUACACUGUUCAAUCCUCGGGAUGCACAAUAUUUAUAUUUAUCAGGUUCUAAAUCAGAAGUGCUGAAUAUCGACAGCCCAGACCUGGAUAAAUACCCACUCUUUCCUAAAGCAAGGAGGUAUGAGUGCUCCCUUGAAGCUGGAGAUGUCCUCUUCAUUCCUGCUUUAUGGUUCCAUAACGUCGUUUCUGAAGAGUUUGGAGUGGGGGUGAACAUCUUCUGGAAGCACCUCCCGUCGGAAUGCUAUGACACAACAGAUACCUAUGGCAACAAAGAUCCUGUAGCGGCAUCCAGAGCUGUGCAGAUCUUGGACAGAGCUUUGAAAACACUGGCUGAAUUACCAGAGGAAUACAGGGACUUCUAUGCACGCCAAAUGGUCUUACGUAUUCAAGACAAAGCCUACAGCAAGAACUUUGAGUAAAAAAUGAACUAAAUGUAAUACAAUUUUAAAAAUAAAUAAAAAGCAGCUCAAGUAUUUGAAAACUAUAACAAGAUAUAAAAUUUAAAGAUUUUUUUAAAAUAGGAAAGAUAAGUCUGAGAUUUAUAGUAUAAAAGGAGAUGCAUAUCUGAUAUCUACUUGGUAUAGAUUGAAAAUGCUUAGCGGGACCAUUCUUUAGCUCUAAGAUGUAAAUAAAAUUUGGAGUUAAUAAAAAAAUCUAUUGAAUCACACACUACAUAAAGUCUGUUGGUGGAGUGGCCGUCUUUGUUUUUUUUCCAAGGAUUUAGUGAUACCACCAAAACCUUGUUCACCCCACCCCCACCCUACUGUCUUUCAACCACAGGAUUGGCAUUAUCCUAGGUCUAGCUACCCUCGUGGUCAUGGGAUGAUUGCCAAUAGCAGCUGGGGCCUUGUGUGUCUUCAUUUGUAUGCAGUGGAGGAGUCUGGCUGGAAUCCACAGGCACUGUCUUACAUGAAGCAGCUUUUCAGAAUUCUCUUAGCCUUAAUGCUUUGAAAUGUUGUCUUCAACCCUGUCCAUCAAUGAGUCUGUUGUUACCUCAUGCAAUACAAUUACACAUAGGAGUGGGCUGCUCUUCCUUGAGGUACAGGAAAGUGUAUUAAGAGAGCAGAAUGGUUAAGGUUAGAUAUUUAAGAAAAUUUACAGGGGGCUUUGAAU